AUGCCAGCGCUCCAACUUGCUCAGAAAAUCUUUGUUCUUUUUCUAGACGGUGAGGGAGAGACCAGCUCACCUGCACUCGAUGAUGUAGCAGCACGUGGCUGUUGUGGCAUGCUAGUGCUACCAGAGAUGAAGGUCAGCGACUUGUUGGUGCUGCUGGGUGUUCAAAGUACAAAUGGCAAUUUAGCAUACCCAGAGAUUCCCAUCUUCUUCUACAGCGCGUCAAAUUCUGCACUUCAAAUUGCUGAGAGCGCAGGAAUAACAACGGUGCACCACAUUCAAGAUGUUAGGGACACGAAGACUCAAAUCGUCUCGGUACUGAUGGAUCCUGAGAUAGCAAAGGCGCUGACUUUUGUACAUAUUGAAGUGGCUAAAAACCAGUUCUUUUCCGAGGAAUUUUGGAUUAAUUCUCUCGUGUCAGAGCUCUCAACGCAGCAUCUAAAAGAUGGAAGCAGCAAGAUCUUUGUUUCUAUCGUGAAAACCAGCUGUUUUCCUGUGAUGAAGCCAUCGAAGCCACAUCCACUUCGGCCUCUGCAGAGUUACACAAAAUUUGAUAAUGAAUAUUUGGAAGAUGAUGCGGAGAACCCUAGGCGACGUCUCAUGUUUGCUAGUUUGUAUCAGGACCAGACUCGUCGUGACGCUGUUCAAACUUUUGACGAAGCAGAGGUGGACAAGCUUGGUUGUUAUAGAGAAAUGGAUGCUCGCGUUUUUAUGAAGGAGAUGGCAUUUCGACUCGGUUUGGCACCAAAAUAUGGUGCUUGA